GUUGAGUAUGGGCUUGGCUUUCUUCUAUCCUUAACACAACCUGAUCUGUGAGCCUUCGACUACCGCCUUUGACUACCGUCAGUCUACUUUCGCUAACCCGCAGCCAUGGGUACUCAGUGGAUCAACUCUGAUAAUCUUGACCUCCUGCAAGAAGCUGCAGACGCAAUACAACCGAGUGCCGAGCUACAUCCGAGGAGAGCUGCAGCUUCCCCGAAGGAAACUCGCGCCGCCUCCCCAUGCCACCACUGCGACAGCCCGGCCCAUCGUGCACGCCAACAUCGUGACGCCUGGACGCAAGGGCUCUACCAGCGGUAUCCCUUCCCCGGCCCGCACUCGCUCGAACAGUCACCCUACACGUCCGGUUCUCUCCUCCAGUCUACCGACCCGUUCCAAGGGGCCUGCCGUAACCCCUGCGACCGCGCCUUGCGCUCCGCGGACUGGAAGCCCCCCAGUGAUGCGAUGUCACCGGUGUCAGAAGCUGCUGGACGACAGCCCGAUUAUCUGGAAUAACUAUCCAGGAGGACGGCCCGGUAGCCCGCCCAGAACCACGAGGUGGCAUUCCUAUUGCCUGUUUGGGCUGAUUGCCGAGGACACAUUGAGGCUCAUUCCCCAGAAGGAAGCUCCCAAGAGUGAAGCUGUUGCGGCAAAGAUAUUCAACCGCUUUUUCGGUGGCG